AUGCUUGAAUCAACAACAUCACAACCAGAAAACUUGCAUCAACUUUUGUUUGGUAGCACGAACCCUGUGGGUGGUUUGCCAGAGGACGAGCCUUUGCUUAUUGAUGCGCACAACACGGAUCGGUUUUACAGCUUUUCCGACCUUCGCAACAAUGUCUGUGCAUUUGCCCAUGCCAUCCUCGGUCCAUCCUGUAAUCUCAAGCAAGGAGACGUUGUUUCUAUCUGCUCUCCCAAUGACAUCGAGUAUUACGCCGCUUUUCAUGGUACUAUUGCUGCAGGAUGUACCGCUUGUCCCUUGAGAGCCUUCAUGACAUCGGAUGAGAUCGCCGCGCUUUUUCAUAUCAGCAAUCCUAAGCUUAUCAUUGGUCAUCCAAGUACGGUGCAGCUUUUGCAAGACGCGCUAAAGUCAUAUGGAAAGGAGUUACCAGUGAUUGUCAUGGCAACCAAAGAAGCGCCAGCAGGAACACAGCUUUUUUCGGAUUUCUUAAAGCCGACUGAACGUCAACAAGAACCAUUGCCAUCUAUUUCACCCGAGUCACCAUCACAUCUUCUUUGUACUUCAGGUACCACAGGCGCAUACAAGCUGGUUAGCACAAGCCACGACAUUGAAGUACAACGCACGCUCUUGAUGCAGUUAGGCGGCGAUCAACCCUUCUUUGCUGGCAAAAAAGAAGUCAACGUGCUCACAUGUGGUAACUUUGGAAGUUCGCACAACAUUAUCAGCUCGCAGCAGUCGUGGAUUUAUGGUCGAAUUCGUCAAUACAUUACUGACAGCAUGGAUGAAGAGGUGAUUUUACGCUACUUGAGCAAGUACAAAUGCAUUACUCCCAACAUGCUUCCUUCUUUCGUCGUUGCUCGGUUGGUGAAUCGUGUUGAACAAUUGAAACAGGCGGGCGAUGAAUCACUUGACUUGUCUUCGCUCAAGAUCAUUGGUGCUGUUGGCCAACCCUUGGAUCCCAAAGUGAUUCAACGCGCAUCGAAAGCCUUGCCAGGCACAUUCGUAGUACUCAUCUUUGGCUCAACGGAAAGUGGAUUUAUGUUCAUGCCAACAAUUGAUGGAGCAUACCCAACUUACGGAGGCAAAUACACGCGUGAGGGUGAUGAUCGUUUCGAAUUCAAACUGGUGGAUGAAAAUGACCAAGUUGUUCCACGUGGAUGCCAAGGCGAGCUUCUUUUCCGUUCACCCAUGAUAAUCAAGAAAUACUAUAAUAAUCCGGAAAAGACAGCCGAGUCUUUCGAUAAGGAAGGAUUCUUUCGCACAAGUGACAUAUUCGUAAUGGGCGAGGAUGAUAAAGUGCGUUGGCUUGGGCGUGCAUCCGAGAGGAUCAAGACCAGUAACAAACCGGUUGUCCCAAAGCCAAUCGAGGACCUCUGUAUGGCCUUUGGUGGCAUUAAGGAAUGUGCUGUUGUGGGUGCCUUUAGCAAGAAACGUGUUUAUGAGCUUCCAACGGCCUAUAUCGUGCUCGAGGAUGAUAAUCAUCAAGAUAAGGAAAAGCUGGAAGAAGCUGUAGCCGAGUUUGUCAACGAGCGAGUGCCUGAUGAAGAUUCCCGGUUAACGGGUGGUGUCAAGGUCAUCCCGGAGCUUCCACGUACACAUGUUGGCAAGGUCAAUAGAUUCAAGUUACGUCAAUGGGCACAAGAUGAUAUCGAGUAA